CAACAAGAUGUGAUCACGACGUGACGCUAAACUACUCCCUUUGAGUUCAUUCCACGACCGAGAAGGGGAAAAGUGCUUACUCAUGUUGCACCUCCUCGCGCAUUCAAUAACUAAUACCGGACAGUAAUUGAUUCAAUUUACAUCUCAUCCUAACUACAACUCAACUACACCAGUGGCUAAACAGAAUUGGUUCUACAGAUACCUUCAACGGAUGUUCCUCAUCAAGAUCGACACCCCUAACCCUAUCAGAAACACGUACAGACAAGCGCGUAACCAUAUUGACCAAGCAGUAAAAAAUUGUUUCCCAUGAAGAUGAGCCACGUCGACGCACCCACUACAUAGUUUGACUAGAUGAACCAUAAGUUCUGCAGAAAUAAAGUUAAUUUUUUGUAUUUGACGUCGUGCAUCUGAGCAUGUCGCUGAACAAUCGAGACAGACGUCGCCAGGGACAGGUGGCCGCUGGAGUUCCGCAGCCUGUGCCUGUCGCACCGGCGACAGCAGAAAAACCGCUUCGCACCUCUGGAACCACGAAAGACAAAGGAACAGAAGUGAGAGUUUCACGGGGAAGUGCAAACAUAAACAGGAUCGAAGACCUGGCGAGGGAAGACAAGAUGCAGCGCAAGCUGGCACCGAAGCAUAUCCGGCGGUCUGCCGCUGCAGCUCCCGUGGAGAAUACAACAAGCAACGCGACCACGACUUCGGGCACCAGCGGUCGUCCGAAUUCACCGAAUAAGAAAGACGACUCUCAGAAGCUGCUCCGCGUGCCCCGCGAGGUAACCGUGCACUUGCCGACCCGACAAAUGACCCACAAAAUGCACACCGAUCCGCUGUUCACAAGCCUCGCACGGACCACGGCCAAAGGCCCGACCAGGUACCUCACGGACUACUACAGUGACGCGGUGGUUGGGGAGGAGAUUCCCCUGGGUGUCGCGUGGACUCACCGGGGCCUGGAGGCCCAGAAGCAGGCAGUGACGUUGACGGAGCUCUGCCCGCUGCUGGCGAAGAAAUUGCAGGUGCCCAGAAGAUUUCUCUGGCUCGCGGAGGAAGUGUUUACGACUACAACUGCUGACGCAGCUGCCACUGGCACUGGUCGUGCGGCGGUCGAAACACAAACUGACAAAAAUUCUGCUGCUCCGGUGAUCACGUUUCGCUUCUUGCAGGCGUGGCAGUUCCAGCAAAAGGUCACCGGCACAACGACCAACGGACGGCAAAGCCUGGCGGAGCGCAAGUCCAAGAACGCCGGGCCGGGAGUUUCCAAGGUCGGCGGGGAGAGCGCGAAAACGGUCCUUCGGACUUCCGACCCGGUGGCCGUGUACGAAACCGGGUAUGAAAUGUAAAAAUGUCUGGGUCUGGAAGAAUGCACGUUUGUCAUGCUUGUCUGGCAUGACUCUUAAAUCUGUCAUGCACGUUACCCAAGAGCCCCAUUGUUCUGUGAUGCAGAAACGCAGUUUGUCAUGCAGAAUAGGCAACACCUAGAAGCUCAGAAACUUGCGAUGCUGAGCCAGCAUCUGUGGCCUCAUCAUGAGACGCCGCCCGGCAUCACAAGUUUCCAGACCCAGACACUUUUAAUUACAUUUGAUACCGGGGCCUGGGAGCUCGUUGCCUUCCCGCCCCCAACGCCGCUGGAGAGUCACCUGCAGCCGCGGGGCCAGGACACCUGGACCGACUGCUUCGAGCGCGUGCAAAAGGAAUGGCUCCGAUCGCACAUCACGACGACCACUCUGGCAACGAGUGCUGGUGCCAACGUGGCCGGCGCGCAAAACGAGCCGGCGCCAGUUGCGGAAUUAUACGAAGAAGAAUUUUUGUAUACCUUAAAUAAAUUUGUCCACGGGUUGGGAGUCAUUCAGCUCGCGGAACUCAAGGAUGCGAAUAAGGUACAAGAACUUGUUGUGUCGUGUUUACUUGUUGAUUUAGUUGUUGCAUCAGAGUAGAAAAAAGUUACCGUUGAUUCCAAUUUUUGCGCAUGCUCUCUACUCACUUCCCGGUGUCAAAAGCACGUAAUAAAAGAAGUAAAAACGAAAUAAUCUCCAGAAAUUCUCGAUGAAUUAUCCACAGAUGUCCCUCUGCGAAUGGAUCUGGAGCCGCUGCACGUGCUCCCUGCUGCAGAAAAUCCUCCAGCUGUCGACGACCGAGCACUGGGACGAGCAUUUUUGGAAUGGGAGUUUCGUCUACCUGACCUCCGCCCACAAUUGCAGCUGGGCGGAGCGCACCGAGCUUCUUUCCCUGCUUUUGCAGCGCUGGCACACCUAUCAACUGCAAAAAUGUCUGGGUCUGGAAGAGUGCAAACUUGUCAUGCUAUUUUUGGACUCUAAAAAAAAUUGUAUUGCAUGACCAGCAAGAGGGGCGCAAUUUGUGCUACACGGACAGGGCAUUUCUCAUGCGGAAGGUGCAUCAGGAAGCCCUCAAAAGGUCUGCGAUGCUAGGUCAUGCAUUACAGGCAUCAUGUGUCAUGAGAGAUAUGCAUGGCAAAUCUUGCAUUCUUCCAGACCCAGACACUUUUGCAUUUGAUAACACCCGGGGCGUCAACGAGCAGGCCGCGCUCGACCUCGGCUGGCUCUCGUAUGGCGUUCUCAAACGUUACAUUCUCAAGUGUUACAUGGAUUUGUCAUGCUAAACUACCAUCAAGAUCCACACGAUCAAGCUGCUUCGCAUGACAAAUUUGCGAAGGGCUAAACAGCAGCUAAAUCUGUGCGGAAUUUGUAAUGCUAGAGGCGCAACCUCCCUCCUUUGGCUUUUACUACUCUUGCAUUACAAACUCAUGUAACAGUUGAGGAUGUAACGUUUGAGAGCGCCAUAUCUCGCACUACCCGAGCGCCCGGUGUCCGCUGACCGCCCCCCCCUUGUGCCACGCCUUGCGCCAGGAACCCCGGGUGAUCUGGCCCUUUUUGCAAACCGCCGCGAGCGCUGGAAACAUCACGAAGGUCAGCAAUAGUACAGCCAAAUCCCGUCGCGCGGCCGGCGCUCCUCGUGCUUCCUCUCCGUCUGGGGCCGACGGCUCAAGUACAACGAUCCCGAAUAGAAUUCACCAAGAGCACGGUGCGUUCUACAUGCCGCGAGACCGGAAGAAGGAACAGCUCGCCUGGUUGGAAUUUCUCCGCGUUUUGAUCUUUAACACUGCCACCGCGGAGCAGCGCGUGGACUUGACGCUCCCCGAGCAAAGCACGGGCCUUCCGCCUCUCUGUUUCGCGGCUCGGAGGAAUCAGGCGGAGGUGGUCCGGAUGAUGUUACAGCGCGCCCAGGAGAUCGGCAUGCUGAAGAAGGUUGUGAAUUUAGCGGUCAGCUACCCGACCAGUCUGGGCGGGUUGCUGUUCCGGAAAAAUCAGGUAGCGGAGCAAAACAACUGCGAGGUCGUCGCGUUCACCUACAGCACGGAUCUUGUUGAUAAGACAGGAGCGAAUUAUAAUUCACCGAGUACGUCGAUGGACAAGGACCACGAUGCUGCACUAGUUCCUGAUGUUGGUACUAGUUCAUCUUCACAAGAACUGGAUUGGCAGAUGAAGUUGUCCGUGAUUCACACGGGGAAAAAGAUCGAGCAGGAAAUGUUACGCCUGACUCCCAGCUCUUUCGACGUGCACAAAGUAGCCGACAGCAUUAUGUCCGUCGCGUCCAACGACACCUGGGCCGGCACCCUCGACAGUUACAUCACCCCCGAGCCGCGGAGCAGCGCCGCGGGCGGGCAGGCCGAGUCGAAGUCGAAGAGAAACCGCAGUAAGUCGCCAGUCGCGGUGACGAAAACGGUGAGCAAAGAGCCGAUUUCCGCCGGAGCAGCAGCAGGAAAAGAACAACCACUACCCGAGCACUCAUCUCCGCAGGCGCGUCUUGCUCAGGCAUCAAACCAAGAGGAAAAUAAAGUGGGAGCAACAAAAUCAAAAGAAAACAACACCUCUCCCCGGCCACGUCCGGUGAUUCCGAACUUCUCCCCGCCGAACACGCCUCGGAAGACCCAGAUGGUGUCGCUCGAGAUGCAGAGCCUGCUGGAGCAGAACGCCCGCAACGGGGCGGACAGCAAAUCGAAGCUCCUGAGCCAGAACACGCACAACGGGUACACGCCCCUGAUGCUGGCCGUGCAAUUCGGGGCCCGGGAGACAUUUGAUUUGUUAUUAGACGAGGCGGGGUUCGUAUGGAAGUGUCAGGUUUAAAAUCGACAAAGUUGAAACGAUUUGCCAUGCAUAAAACGGACGCCACUUGGAACCCAGUUUCCAAGUGGCGCAUGACAAAUUUCGGCGGUCCCGAAAUCCAGUUUGUCAUGCUGUUUAGGCAAAGAAGAGUGAUUUUCUCAUGCUACUUUAGCAGCUCGAGCUGUAACCCAAAAAGGCUUACAAUCGGCCUCACUUGCCUGCUCUGCAAUGCACGCACCUCGCGUCAUGCAUUUUAUGCAUUACAAAUUAUUUCAACUUUGACGAUUUCAAUCCUGACGCUUCCAUAGUUCGCGCUUGACUUGAGCCACACCGCCCACGACGGGCACACGGUGUUCUCGCUGGCCUGCAACGACAACAGCCGGGAAGUGUGGCCGGAGUACGGGUUGCCAGAUUUGAAGGAGUACAAUCCGGUUGCGACCUCCUGUACCAACAUUGUCGUGUCCGCGUUUUCGCUGAAGGACGCGAACGAGCAGCCCAUGGGGUUAGUCCCCUUUCCCUCGAUGCUCCAGGAGAUCUCCUUAUCCGGCAAGGUGCCGCCCUCCGGGCUCUCCGCCAUCGCCGUGCAAGCCUGGGAGUGCGGACGGUUAGACACGAAAUUCCGGACGGUUUUAGAGGCCUGUUUCCGGAAGCAGCUCCGGUUGAAGGAAGUCAGGCCGAUUUUUCUCCAAUCGCUUGUGCAACGGACCAAAUCGAAGAUCAGCGCGGCGGCGCUCGCGGACCUGCUGGAGCGCGCCUGCGACGGCGGGGUGGACAGCGAAUGUGUAAGGACGCUGCUAGCAGACUAUGAAAUGCAAAAAUGUCUGGGUCUGGAAGAUUCUGAGACUUGUCAUGCACGUAUUGCAUAGGCCAUGACGUCUGUGAUGCAUGCCCUAGCAUCAACACAGGCUUUUUGAGGGCUUCGCGAUGCCUAUUCCGCAUGACAAAUGCCCUCUCCGCGUAGCCAAAAUUGCACUCCCUUAGCUGGUUAUGCAAUACAGAUUUUUUUGGAAUCCAAAUGCAACAUCACAAGUUCGGACUCUUCCAGACCCAGACAUUUUUACAUUUGAUACAGACACGGCCUUGGCAUUUUCCGGGCUGCAGCUGCCCGCUCCUUCUACGGGUGAGAGUGGAAGACCACAACACACCGCAAGUAAGAAAAAGAUGAACAACCUUAUCUCGCCACAAGACCUCCAAAGUCGAGACAAUCAAACGAUCUUUGACGACGAGGAGGCCCCCGAUGAUGGAACAAAUGACAUCUACGAAAGGGAUUCCUGGGUUCUUGUGGAUGAGCAAGACGCGGCGGCCCCGGUGUUGGCGCUGAAAAAGACCGCGAGCGGGAACUACAAGGCGGGGGGAACAACUGCAGCCACCGCUGAGGAUUACGACUAUAUUGUGGACACGAGUAACUCCAUGACCGACAGCUCCCGGCUGUCUAUUGUAUCCCACGCGAAGGCUAUCAACUGUAAAAAUGCCUGGGUCUGGAAGAUUCUGACACUUGUCAUGCACGUUUUGCAUGAGCCCUGAUGUCUCUGAUGCAUGCCCUAGCAUCACGGAUUUUUUGAGAGCUUCUUGAUGCCUAUUCCGCAUGACAAAUGCCCUCUCCGCGUAGCAAAAAUUGCAUUCCUCUUGGUACUCAUGCAAUACAGAUUUUUCUGGAAUCCAAACGCAGCAUCACAGGUUGCAUUCUUCCAGACCACGACAUUUUUACAUUUGAUAAAGGCGCAUGCGGUGCAAGUUCUGGUGAAAAUGAAUUUACUCGCGCAGGACAUCGAGAAACGGCAGAACGAGCUGUUUCUGGCGAAGAAGGUAUCCUGAGUAAAAACGUCCCCACACCAGAGCCAGGAUGGGGAUUUUGCAACACAAACCUAGGAGUUUUGGGAGUCACGCAUGACAAAUUGCACUCCGCAGUGUAGUGCUGGUUAGCAAGUGCAGGCGCAUCACAGAUUCAUCUGCUUAUCCUGUUCACAGCAUCACAAAUUCCAAAACACGACUGGAAGUGGCUCUCAUGGGGAUGCGCAUUACAAGGCGUCCUGUCUUUGCAAAUCUGCAUUACAACUCUGGCGUGGGUACGUUUUUACUCAGGAUAGAAGGACAAACUGUUUGCGAAGCGCAACUCUGCGAUAUCAAAUGUAAAAGUGUCCGGGUCUGGAAGAAUGCAACUUGUCAUGCUGAAGCUGAAGCAUGCAAAAAUUUGUGUUGCAUGAUUACCAAAAGAUGUCCACUUUUGAACAGUUUGACAGGGAGUUUCUCAUGCAGAAUAUGCAUGAUAGACACCUCACAGCGUUUGUCAUGCUAGGUGCUGCAUUCCAGGCCUCAUGGGUCAUGGAAAAACUGCAUCACAAAUCUUGCAUUUUUCCAGACCCAGACACUUUUACAUUUGAUAUGCGAUGAUCUACAACAAUAGCACUCAAGUAGUAACCACCGACGAGCAAGAUCAAGACCAGCUAUUUCUCAAGCAGCAGCUCCCGCCGCAGGAACAUCGAGUGCUGGUCAAGCGUGUCAAGGCGGACAUCGAGAGCCAGGAAGAAGUGGUGAAACUCUUAGAAGCUUACAUGAAUCAAGUACCGAAACCAGCAGCGCCUGCGGUGAACCCACGAGGUGGUCCACAGGGAGAGAAGAACAUGGUGUCCGCUACCUCAUCCGAUGGAUCAAAUGAGACAGCUAAUUCACAGCCGAAUCAGAAAGACCGAGGCUGUGCUCCUGGUCGCGGCGGGGGGUGCGCGGGCGGCAGGCCAGGAAAGGUGAAAAAAUAGAAGCUCUUGUUCCGAUGGUCUUGGUCACGAUACACAUAAAGAGUUUUUAGCACAUCAUUCACUGGCAAAUUCAUUGCUUUCCGAAAAGAACUACAAGAAAGCUCGUGAAGAUUACUUAUUUUGAUCGUAGGCUAAAUUGAUGACUUUUGGUUUGACGGAGUAUGAGUAUGCUGAGUGUGAGUUGUUUCUUUUUUUUUUGUUGUACUUGUACUAUUUAAGCGAACAUACGCUGACAUAAACACUGUAAGAUGAUGAAAAAAACAUACAUUGGUCGCAGCAUUUUUGGUGGUGUAUGAUGGAGUGAUCACAUUUAUUGUCAUGAGUUAAGUCUUCAGAAUCUAAGUACUUCUACUUUUCUUUUUCAGCAACACGCUAGUUGUAUGGCUCCACACUCGCGCAUCAUCGGCUGCGGUACAACUGCGUCAUUUAUUUUCUUCACACUACCUUUCUACAAAACAAUUUUUCCAAGGCCCGCUACAUAAGGAAAUCGCAUUCAACCAAAUGUGGCAACAACAAACUACAAGUAGAUAAUCCAUCGAGAAAAAUCGAUAUUAU